UCACAGUAGGAUUGAAUUCGCGGUCCGUUCAGUCAGCGCCGUCUCCACGCCUGAUUAUCAAUGGACAUACUUAGUCCGGUGGCGACAACAAAGCAGGACGGCGACUACCUUCUAGUUUUUCAACCGCACAUCUGCAGGUCCAGGCUGCAGUCUCUCUUUUGUCAAGGAUAGUUUGUUCUGUGUUUUUUUGUCUGUACUUCGAUACCCUUCUCGCAAUCGGCACCUACCUUGCUGACGUGGACGCUGCCUGUCCGCUCCGAUUCGCCCUGCAAGGCUGGCGGCGAAUCAUUUCUUAUUGCUCGCAUAAGCUACUGCAUUUCAAUACCCCUAGAACAGCACUCUUUGUUCUCUGUUAUUGUAUAUACCUACAUCUAUUCAUUGAGUUUUUUGAGUGCAGGGUGACUUUUGAGGAUGCGGGAGCUUGAUCCUUUGAUUUCUGAAUAUCAACAUGACAAAAGCAAGCCCCGAGAGUCCGAGGCACUCUUUACGCUCCGCAAGGUGGCUUCCCUGGUGAAGCCCAUCAUGCGGCAGCGAGGCUGGAGAGUUGGAUUAUUAUGUGAAAUGUACCCAAAGGAACGUCACCUUUUGGGUCUGAAUUAUGAUCACGGGCGAAAGAUAUGCCUCCGACUGCGGCACCCGUCUGAUGAGCGACAGUUCCUCGGUCUUGAAGAGGUCGUCGAUACUAUGUUGCACGAACUCUGUCAUAAUAAUAUUGGGCCCCAUAAUAGCGAAUUUCAUAAGCUAUGGGACCAGCUGCGUGACGAGUAUACAACGCUCAAAAUCCGUGGCUAUACCGGCGAAGGCUUCCUUUCGGAAGGAAAGCGUCUUGGUGGCCGGCGUAUACCCAUGGACGAAGCUCGGAGACUCGCUCGUGCCAAUGCGGAGAAGAGACGGGGUUUGUAUGCUGGCUCUGGUCAGAAAGUCGGCGGAGCUCCUGUUAAGAGGGGGGCCGAUAUUCGCAAAAUCAUCGCAGAUGCUGCUCAACGACGAAUCGAAGUGACUAGAGGCUGCGUCUCUGAGACCGACCAGACCUCAAAGCUUGCGGACGAAGUUUCGCAGAAUGGCUUUAGAACAAAGGCUGAAGAAGAAGACGCCAAUGAGCAAGCUAUCAUGCAAGCCUAUAUCGAGUUGCUCCAAGAGGAAGAACGGGAGAAAUACGGCGAGUCGUAUAUCCCUCCAAGUCAAGAAUUACCUGCCGGUCCUCGGACAACUCUAUCGCCGCCUCCAGUUCCAGAGAGCUCAAAACCGAAGCCGCCCACACCAGCACGAUCUUCAUCCACGCCUCAGGGCCCUAGUGGCCAAAUAUCUAAUAACGCCUCAUACGAUCAGCCCUGGACAUGUCCCAUCUGCACGCUUGAGAAUCCACCGGCUUAUCUCUGCUGUGAUGCUUGCACCACUGAGCGUCCUGUACCCUCUAGCAUGAAAUCCUCAUCCGAUUCGUCCAGUAAGGGUAAAACAGUGGAGCAUCCUGGCCGGAAUCCCGUUCGUCGAAAUACAAUAAAAUCAUCACCGACUGACAGAUUAGUGAGACCUCGCAGCAAUGCUGCUGAACUGCUCUCUUCCUUAGAGAAGGAGAGGGAGAGUAAGUCGAAGCGACCUCUGGGGUGGCUAUGCCAUCAAUGCGGAGCCUUCAUGGAAUCCCAGUGGUGGACAUGUUCAAGUUGUGGAACAAUGAAGCAGGUUUCGUGACAAAAUCUUUUCAUUUUGACCCGUGUUCCUAUAAUAGACAGACAACAGGGUCCUUCAAGUCUUUCCUAGUGCUAUAGCUCUGGGAUUAGCGGCAUUAUGAUUCAUGCAUGAUACGGAAGAAGAGGAGUUCGGGGUUUUACUAAUCGUC